GGCCGGCAUGAAGGUCAUCAUAGAGAUGCUCGUCCUGGCCGCGCUCCUUUGGACACCAAGCUGCGAGAAGUUGGUCUACGUCAAAGAAGGAGACACGGUCACACUGAGGCUGGAUGGACUGGAAGCCAAUAGCAAAUACUUGUACUGGUCCCACCAUCGCCUCCAAUCGGGCUGGCUGGCCUGGCGGCAUCCCCUGAGGGGCUGGUCCUUCACUCAAGAUGAGCGCUGGGCCGGCAGGUUGUCCGUUUCCCAAGAUGCACUGAGCAUCAACGGGGUCAAAGGGGACGACUUUGGCACGGUGGUGUUUUCCAGACUCUCCAACCUACAUGGUGAAAUCACUCCAAUGAAGAGCUUCACGAUCUCCAAAAUCACAGUGUCCGUCGACACCAAAUAUACCGUUCUGGUGUCCCAUGAAGUCGUGACGCUCUCCUGCCACGUGGACACUCCUCCAAAUCACCGCCAGCCGGAACUAUACUGGUUGAAUCCGGUGGGAGAGAGGAUUACUCCGAGCGGAGGACAAUUCCGAGUGGCUGUCACGGGCCGAGACAACGGCCGCUGGAGUUGCGUUGUCGUCAAGGACGAUGGGGAGGACACGGCCUGGCUUUUCAUUACGGUUCUCGACCUCUUACCAGCUCCUGAGUUUCCUCUAUACACCUCGGAGCAGUCGUCUCUCAGCAUCCCUUGCCCUUUUGCCUUUAACAUCUCCUGGGAACAAUUCCAACCCAGGAAGGUCAAGAAAGUGAGCUGGUGUUCUGGUGAGCUAUUCUACCAACAAUUCAUCAUAAAUCCAGAGAUGAUCCUGGUCUUCUCGCCAAACAAGGCGGAACAGGGCUGGAGGUCAAACACGAGCCGGGGAAAAAGUUUUGUGGCUGACCUCCAAAAGGGUGGCUUGAUUUUAAGCAAAAAACAAUGGGGAGUAGAGGACCGAGGACACUACAGGUGCAAGAUCAAAUUUGGCAACGACAACACCCUGAGCAGGACUGUGAGUGUUGAGGUGCUAAGGGUCGUCUCCUCCACGGGAUUGGCGCUUCACAGUGGCCAGAGCGUCAAUCUGACCUGCAGCCUCGGCAAGGCCUUGCCCCGAGACCACUGGGUCAAGUGGUUCCCACCUGAGCGCUCCGCCGCACGGUCUCUGCUCAGCUCCGGCCGUCCAGACCCGCCGCAAAUCGUCCUCGCUGAAACUGGCCCGGACGACGGCGGCAGGUGGAGGUGCGAGCUAUGGCGUAACACCACAAGGCUGACGUCGGCGGAAAUCACCUUGGCCGUCAGCCGCCGGCUGAGUGCGUGGAUGCCCGUGAGCAUCGGCGGCGCUGCGGCCGUCAUCGCCGUUCUUCUCCUGCUUAUUUGCAUCACCUGGAGACACAGACGACGGGUAAGAGAAACAAAAUUUCUUUGAAAUGUUUCAAGAAUCAUCGUCCUCUCCCUCGGUCUGUCUGGCUCAGCGGAACACAAGACGCCAGCGACAUGGCGUCUGCCGCUCCAUACAAUACGUACCGACAUCCGCUUCCCGUGGCCGUGACGCAGCGCCACUCGCCGGAGCCCACCACCAGUCUGAAGGCUACAUGGAGUAUUUUCCUCAAAGAAAAGCCAUCUCCAAACAGACGACUCUUUCAUAUUGUCCCCGUCCGUCCGUCUCUGUUGGAACCCUAAACCCAAAGUAAUUCGAUGUGAGAUAUGUCCCGCGGCGUUUCAAAAUAAGCGCAAAGUGCGAGUUACAUAGCGUGCCGACGCUAGCGGAUAAUGUCGCUUAAAAGCUAAUGCAUCGCAUAAAAGCUUAAUGCAUCGCAGCGCAUUAUGCAAACACAAAGACAUUUUGUUGGUGUUCUGUUUUUCCGACAAAAUAAAACGUGUACAUGCAGGCUUUUGCAUUGGACAGUGACAAUUUGCUUGUUUCUGAUUUAUCCAUCCAACCUUUAUUCAUACCGUCUUGUCCUUACAUUCAUACCUAAAAUAAACACAACAUAAACACGUUUUUCAAUUAUAGGAGGUAGCCGGAGAACCUUGAAAAAUCUGAAGGAUAAAAGCUAAGAAAAUCUCCUCCCCCGGGGGAACUGUUUGGGCUAAUCUCUUUCCAACUUUACAGGGGGCACUCCUC